AUGAGCUCUCCAGUGUGGUCUGUUUACGAGGGAGAGUGGGGCGCCCUCUGCGAUGAUGCCGACAACAUCCCACCAGAGCUUACCUUGAAAGGAUGUGGACUGCGCCAGAAGUGUCUCCUGCAACGUGGGGCCCAAGGUGCUGUGUACCUGGGUGAAGACGCCGACGGAAACGUGUUUGCGGUAAAACGAAUUUUUACUCAACGCAGUGAGUGUGGUAUUCGAGGCAUUUCGGAGGGAUCACUUCGGGAGGCCACGCUACUUACCCACAUUGCUGAAAAGUCAAAGACACUCGAUCAUGAGCCCCCCUUUGGAGUCAUCCGUUUAAAAGGAAUUGUGGAGGCUCCAUUUCAAGAAUUGUGCCUUAUUUUGGAAAGGUGCACAUUGGAUUUAUCAUGGAUGCUUUUUCACAAGAGAAAACGAGCGCAUAAUGCGGCCGAUUCUGCUUCACAGCCUCUCACUCGAUGCCCUAUUCUCGCCAAGAUGCACGUCAUUCAAUACCUUAUGCGAGGGAUUAUUGGCAUUCUUCGGUUUCUCCAUGAAGAGUGUCACAUCAUUCACCGAGACGUGAAGCUAGGUAACCUACUUGUGGGAGAGGAUGGACGUGUGCGUCUUGCUGACUUUGGUAGCGCACGUUUAAUGCAUGAGGUGGCAGAGAAAAUGUCUGAUGUGAAAUCUGCAGAAUACACGCCUACAUCUCUUCGGACGACCGUGAUUUACCGGGCUCCUGAGUGUCUACUGGGUGAGCGAUGCUACACGGCGGCAGUGGAUGUAUGGGCAGCCGGAGUCGUUUUUGCGGAAUUACUUUUGCAACGACAUCUCCUUUGCGGCAGCAGCGAACUAGAGAUGCUCUCCGAGAUCUGGAAGCUUCUCGGUACUCCAUCCGAUAAUUUAUCCACAAGCACAGGAGAACAGUCAGUUACAUAUGGCGUGCGUCUAGACUCUACCAUAGCGCUGAAGUUUCCCGAAGAAAUUGUUUCCUCAGAGGGCCUGGAUCUUCUUAAGCGCAUGCUUGAGCUGGAUCCGAAGAAACGCAUCACUGCUGCAGAGGCCCUUCGCCACCCUUUUCUAAGCGGCCCCGCUGUUGAAUUGCACCAGGCGGAGGCCCGACUGCUGUGGCAGAAGAAGGUGGAGGCGUGUAUACAGGAGGCGGCGGUACAGUCUGGUGAUUUGGGACUAUAUCCCUUUUCUAUGGGAGAUGACGAGUCCGAUGAGGGGACUGACGAGAAAGAGAACGAUGAUAAGUAUGGAGACUAUGGUGAUUCUAGUCAUCUCUGCAUGCUUUGA